GACCUUGUGUACUGCACGUGCUCAAGUGCUUUGACUGAGAAGGGUUUUACAUUUUCACCUUCCCUGAAAAAACUCCCGCCGUCCUGCAGGCGGCAAGCACAUGAGCUCGGUCCCGAAAUGAGACAAAAUCCACUUCCCAGUCUCCCUCAAACCCCAACUUUUCAAAACCAUGAAACUAAAGCCGUUAUGUUCGAAAACCCACCUCUUGCUCUCUUCAUCUCCUCCAUCUUCUACGUUUCCCUACUCAAUCCUCGGCUCUUACUUCCACACGUAUUCGCCGACUACUCCAUACAGCUGCCACUCCCUCCGGCACGAAUACGAAAAGGAGUCGAAAAAUAUCAGGGUUUCUGUCUGGUGGGAUUUUGAGAACUGUAAUUUACCUGUCAAUGUUAAUGCGUUUAAGGUGGGUCCUUCGAUUGCGGCAGCCAUCAGGGCAAGUGGGAUUAAAGGCCCUAUUCGGAUCACAGCUUUUGGGGAUGUGUCCCAGCUUUCAAGGGCUAAGCAGGAGGCCCUUUGUUCCACUGGGAUCAAUCUCGCUCAUAUUCCUCAAGGAGGGAAGAACAGUGCUGAUAGGUCUCUUCUUGUAGAUCUAAUGUGUUGGGUUUCUCAAAAUCCACCACCUGCCCACCUUUUUUUAAUUUCUAGUGAUGGAGACUUUGCUAGUGUCUUGCACCGACUCAGGAUGGAAAAUUACAAUAUACUGCUUGCGAGCUCCACUGCUUCCAGGGUUCUUUGCAGUGCAGCGAGUAUCAUGUGGCGCUGGGACCCUUUGGUGAAAGGGGAAAACCUAACUGCCAAUGUUUUUAACCAACCCCCUGAUGGUCCUUAUGGUUCUUGGUAUGGACAUUAUAAGCUGCCUCUUAAAGACCCCUUCUCUUUUGGUGAGCGACCAUGUUCACAGGGUGAGGAGUUGACUGAAGUUAUUUCAGAGACCAAGACUCGGCUAAUUCAGAAAGUAGUUGUGAAGCAGAUCCGUGAUAUGCUGAGGUUGUACCCUAAUGGAAUCUCAAUUCCUCAACUUUAUUCUGAAUUAAGAAAAGGUAAAUUGGGUUUGGAUAAAGAAUUAAAUGGAUAUAAGAAGCUCACCCACUUUAUCUUGUCCUUGCCAAACAUUUUGAAGAUUCAGCACAUUGCUGGUGGGAAAUUUCUAAUACGUGGCAUUGCUGUAAAGCCUAAGCCACGCAAUCAAUGCUUGUCUAUAUUUCCUGUUACUAACAAUGGGAACCAACAACCUAGUAGGCUGUUAAAGCCAAACAGUGUGGACAUAUCUAUUUCUGGAGCUGAGGACAGGAAAUCAAUAAUGCCUGCAUCUUGUGAACUAGAUACAGAAGGACCUAAAGGAGAAGUGCAACAAUCCCAUCCUCUUGUUGAGAAGUUCGAAGUGGAUAUUGAACAGCCUCCAAAUGAAAUUGAAGAACCUCCUUCGAUUAGUAAAAAGGUUGUGGAUGUGGCUGAGGCUGAUGUUCGGGUAGCUAAAGAUAAUCUGCAGUCUUUGAAGGAACAAGAUUCCAUAUCUGAAGUGGGUUUUCUUAAAAGAAUCUGGAGAAAAUUGUUGGGCGAUAAUGAUGAUAGUUCCAGGAUAGAAAUUCCAAAAGAAUAUCAUAAUACUGGGGUUAAUAAUGUGAAGAAAAGUGAGAAUUCUCUCAAAAAAUCUGGAACUCUGGGUGAUAGCCUUGAAAAGAAAAGAGAAGAGAAAAAAAUUCUGAAAUCACGAGGUCAGGAAAAUGGUCAAGUACCUUGCUCUUCAUGUUCUUCAUCCUAUAGUGAAUCAACUCUGGGAAAAGAAACUAGUUUGAGUUCUGCACCAUAUGGUGAAAAAUCUGGGAAAGGUCUUGGUUUACUUGACCUGAUUAAGACAUGGUGUUUUGGGACGAAUACUCCAGACUCUAAUUCAUCAAUUGAUCAACUUGGCGGAGAACUCAAGCACACAACCAGUUAUCCUGCAAAGCUUCAAAUUUUUUCUGAAGAUUCUUUUGGGAAAGACUUGGAAUCGUUUUUUAAAUCUCAGAGGGGAUCACUUCUUAUAUCACAAUCAAAGACCAGAAAACACAUGGCAAGGAAUCUGCUGAAGGAUGGACCUAUGGUUUGUAGAUCAAUUAGUGAAACCGAUGCCCUUCGAUUGGUUGAUAUCUUAAUAUCAGAGAAGAAGUGGGUGGAAGAAUAUCCCUCUGAGGCUUCUCCUUUUGAGCUCACUCUGUGUGUUGGAAAGAACACUUCCUCAAGUGAUUCACAUGCUUCAAUUGGAUUGAGAUCUUUGAGCACUCCAUUACAAUCUAAACCAAAGAGGCAAGCAGAAGGAGAUGGAGAUGGAAGAACCAUAAGAAUUCAGAAUAUUUCUCAUGCUGGAGUUUCUCAACCCUUUAGCUAUAAAAAAUCUUCGGAAAGGUCUAGACUUGAGACAUUAAGGCGCUGUCAAAAGCUUGUUAAUGAGAUAAUGAAGGAUUAUCCAGAAGGAUAUAAUAUCGGGUCCUUUAGAAAGCUGUUCCUUGAGAAAUAUGGAUAUCAUCUUGAUGUUCAAAAGCUUGGUUAUGGAAAGUUGGUGUCCAUGCUGCAGAUUAUGCCUGGGGUGAACAUAGAGUCUAAUUACAUCAUUCCUUCCAGUAAUGUCCCCAAGUGUUCCAGUCAGGAUAGUGCUCUUUCUAAUAUCCAAGAAAGUAAUACUAUUCAUACAUCAGUAACUUCAGGUAGUGAGAUGUCUAAUGCAUCAAAGGAUGCUGAAUCGAAUUCUACAUGGGAGGAACCUGAUCCUGUUGAAAAUGCAGAUUCUAGCAGGAAAGAAUCAGAAGGAAAAUGCACUUUUCCCCAGUACGUGUCUUCCUCGUCUGAUGAUGACUCUUCAGAUUCAGAGAGAGAGCCCCUCAGUUAUGACUCAGACAGAAGCACAAGCAAAGUCUGGAAUGAGAAAUGAAGUUUAGCUCAUUACUCUAAAUUCCUGAUGAUUCAUGUUAUGGCAAGAAGAAAGAUGACAAUGGGAAGUAAAAAUCGGACAAUUGGCAAGGCACGGUUGGUUGUUCCAAAGAUAGUUUACAGUCAUCUGAACCAUCUGUACGAGGCACUAAGACUAACACUCCUAUAGGAAGCCAUGGCUAAAAGCAAUGACCUCUAAGGGACUAUUCUUUUGUUGCAGACCCUGAUGAUAGUAACCCAAACAUGCUGAUUGAUGGCAUAAUGGGUAGCUUGAAGAAGUCAGGUGAGUCUCAACAUCUAUACAUGGGAUAUCAUACACCUUCGGAAUGAUUGUUAGAAUUAUAUCUGAUCCAAUUCUACUAUAUUAAUUCAAGUAUUUAGGAUUUUUUUUU